UCAAAAUAGUAUUCUAUUUUGUUAAGAAAACAGUUAACAGAAGCUUAUUCGAAAAUGUCGUUCACAGGAUCAAUUGCUAAACUGGAGUUGUACCAGGUUAUAGGAUAUAACGGAUCUGUUAUACAAGGAAUCCAAUUUGUUAAUGAUCAGACAGUGUUAUAUCCAUGUGGAAAGAUAUGUGCAUUAUAUAAUAUAGAUCAUAAGAUUCAAAAGUUUUUGAAUUGUGGAGAGAUUCAAGAGAUGACGGCUAUGGUACUUAGUCCAAACAUUAGAUAUUUGGCUAUUGCAGACAAAAAUCCCAAACAAGCAGCAGUCGUGCUGUAUGAUUUACAAGCACUGAAAACUAAGAAAAAAUUGACUGGUCCUAAUAACUUUACUUCAGAUCAAUAUAUAUACCUGGCAUUUUCUAGAGAUUCGAAACUAUUGGCUGGUCUAACGAAUGAACCUGAUUGGGGAAUCGUGGUAUGGAACUGGGAAAAGAAACAAAUAAUAUGCUCAUUAAUACAAAAUGUAGGAACUGGUUUUGAGCCAUAUCAGAUAUCUUUUCAUCUCCACGAUAUGAAUCAAAUUUGUUGCAUUGGCAAAGGAAUAUUUAGAACCUACCGAAUAUUUGAAGAUUCAAUCAGAUUGCAUGUUCAAGGCAAACAAGAGCAUCUAGGAUCUUUCCUCUGUCAGUCUUGGUUAAAAACGAAUAAAUUAGCUAUUGGUACGGAACAAGGACGUGUACUUAUUUGUGACGGAACAAUUAUUAAGGAUGAAAUCAUUAUUAAUCCCGAUGAUCCGGAUUUAAUAGAUGAGCAAACCAAAAUUUUGGAUAAACAAAAUCAAACGAAGGGAAUUAAUCCUACUGUUGUGGUAGUUCAGCCUAUUAAGUGCAUUGUAACGACAAAAGUUGGAUUUGCAUGUGUUUGGGGUAACGAAAGUGUAUUCAUGUAUGAAUUGAGUGAUGGUAUUUAUAAAACUACAAAAUUGAUCACGCUCCCAGAACUUUCUCAAGAAGAAAAGAUAUGUGCAAAGCAAAAUAAUCCAGAGAAAAUUACAAAUUUACAGCUUAAUUUAACAGAUCAGCUUCUUGUUGUUGGAACAAAUUACAAUCAGUUAUAUUAUUGUUGUUUGACUGAUGCUGAUGUUCAAAAAGAUUUGAAAACAAAAUUUAGAUUUUUAAUAUACUCAUUCAGUAGUAGUGAAAUCCGAAGAAUUGAUACUGCUGUAUGGAAAUCACUCAUUGCAGCUUGUUCUAUAGACAGAAUAUUUCUAUGGAAUUAUCAAAAUAGUGCAUGUGAGUUAAAAAAAGUUUUCUAUGAAGAAGCAUGCUGUAUUGCUAUCCAUCCAUUUGGCUUGUUUCUAAUAGUAGGAUUCACAAAUCAUUUUGAUGUUUAUAUAAUUCGAUUAGACGAUUUAACUAUGAUAAAACAAUUUGCUACCACAGGUGCAUGCAAUCAAUGUGCAUUCAGCCAAAGUGGUCACAUGUUUGCUGUUGCAGAAGGAAAUCUAAUUAUUAUUUAUUAUACUCUCACUUUUGAGAAGUUUGUUGAACUGAGAGGUCAUAAUGGAAAAAUAACUGCAAUAGCAUGGUGCAAAGAAGAUUGCAUGUUAUUUUCUUGUAGUGAAGAUGGAGCUCUGUAUGAAUGGAAUAUAUUCAGUGGUGUUAGAGAAAAUGAAAAUGUUUGGAAAAAAUGUUCAUAUUUAAGUGUAACUGCUGAUCCAAGUGGUGGUACUGGAUAUGUAAUAGGAAAUGAUCAAACUAUCAAAGAAAUUGCAAAUUCAAUAAUGAUACAUUCACUUGACACCAAAACUCAGCUGACAGAUUUAACUUUGUCUGGCAAAAAUAAUAUAUUGUUUGGGGGCACAGAAAAAGGAUAUGUUCAAGCUUUGAGAUAUCCAUUAACAGAAAAUUUCAGAUGGGACAAAUAUGUUGCACAUAACAGUAAAAUCACUCAAGUUAAACUGACUAAUGAUGAUUUGUGGUUAAUCACAUCUAGUGAAGAAGGUUCUAUCUUUAUAUGGAAAUUAUGUGAUCGAGAUGAUAGAAUAUUAACAGAAGAACAACAUUUUCUAAGUGGUGAUGUAAUUAUGAAGAUAGAUGAUCUGAAAUUAAAGAUGGAAUCAAUUGCACAUUUGGAAAGACAGUUAAGUGAUGUACAGAGAACCAAUGAAUAUCAAAUAUAUAUAAAACAAAGUUAUCAUAUCCAAAUGUAUCGAGAACAAGCUGAAAAAUAUACCAAAGAAAUAGAAGAAUUGGUCUCCAAAUUAGAAGACUUGAAAUCUCAGAAUACAGCUCUUACAACAAAACAUAAAGAUGAUAUAGGAGAUCUCCAAAUGAAACAUUUAGCUGAAAUAAAUGAAAGAGAUCAGCAAUUUAGAAAGAAACUAAAGAGAGAAUACAAUUCUUAUGAAAAAUUAAAAAGUGAUAAAGAUCUUAUGCAAGCUGAUUAUGAAACAAAGCUGAAAGAAUUAAAAAAAGAGCAUGAAGAACAAUUAGCUAUCCUGAAAACAUCAUAUGAAGAGCACUUAAAAGAAUUACAAGAUAAAUUAAACAAAGCUAUUGUGGAUCAUGAAAAUACUAAACAUAACAUGGAAGAAAUGAGAAUUUCAAUGGAAAGAGAUGCUGAUAAUGAAAUUUUGGUCAUUAAGGUAUCAUACGAAGAAGAACUACAAAAUGAAAGGAAUCAAAACAGUCAUCUUAACGGAGAAAUUGACAUGAUGAAAGGAAAAAUUGCAGCUCUGAAAGAUGAUAUUCAGAAAAAUCAGAAACAAAUAGAAAACAAAAAUAAAGAAGAAGAAAUGUUAAAAGUACACAUUAAAAAUCUUGGUCGUUCAAUUGAAAAUUUAAAAAGAGUUAUCAAAGAACGAGAAGAGACAAUUUUAGAAAAGGAGAAAUGUACACAUGAUCUAAGAAAACAUAAACAACAGUUAGAGAAGUUAAAUUUUAUGUUAAGUUCUAAUACACAAGAAAAUGAAAGUAAAUUGGGUCCAAUCCAAGAGGAAAAUAAUAGAUUACGUAAUCAAAUGAAAGAUAUGGAAGAAAAAUUGGUCAGAUUUCAACAAAGUAAUAAAAACCUUAGAUGUUUACUGAAGUCUGUAAGAUUGCAAAUGAAAGGCAUUGAAAAUGAACGAAUGAAAGAACAAAACAAAGCUCAACAGGUUUAUGUUAAAUUAAUUCGUUACAGACAAGAUUUGAGCAAAUUAGUGACAAACAUUCAAAAUCCAACAAAACUAAAAAUAAGUGUAAUCAAUCUUUACAGACAACAUAUUGAAAAAGCAGAAGUAAUUAAUGCUGAAAUGGAUGAUGAGAAAAUUGAUGAAUAUCAAAGACAUAUAGAAUAUUUAGAAGAUACCAUGACAGCUUUGAAAGAAAAGAUGGAGAGAGAGCUUUCUACUCAGCAUAGGAAUUAUGAAAGGCUUAUACAAGAACAUUCAGAUAUGAUACAAGAAAUCAAUAGCAAUCGUAAAGAAUUAUUAGCUGCUAGAAAUAAUAUGAGAAAACUGGACUUUGCAUUUGGUGUCAGUACAGGAGAAACUACUGAUGUUAAAGAAAAAGUAGACCAAAUUCUGAAGAUUGAAAAAGAUCAAAAGAAACUAUUAAAAGACAUUGAAACUAGAGAUAAAAUAAUUCUUCUUCAAUCACAGAAAAUACGUAGAUUCCAUGCUCAAGUUACAUCUAAUGUUGCAGAAUAUCAUGAUGAUGGCUCUGUUUCUGAAGAACUAUCUCCAAUGAAAAGUCUUACAGAUAAAAAGCUUUCUGAAUAUUCCAUAAUACAUCAAGAAGAAGCUGGGACAAAUUUGGAAUUUCUUUCUAAAACAGAACUCAAAUCAAAAGAAAUAUCUGCAAAUGUUGACAAAUCAGUUGUUGAAAUCAAUAAUCAAAAGCAUAAAUUCAGCCAAACUUCUAUAAAGCAACAAGAUAAUGAUUUAUCUCAAAAAUAUUCCAAAGACAUUAAAUCAGAAUAUGCUAAAAUAGAUAUUCAUGAUCAUAUUAAAAAGCAAAGUGAAAAAGAAUCUCCAGUAAAACUUGAGGAUAACAUAAAAGGAAUCUCAAAAAAUAUACUAACAGAAACUAAUGAAGAAUAUAUUGAUUUUCUCAGUUCAGAUAUAUAUGACUUUGAAUCAGAUUAUUCUAAAUUAUCUGAUGUAUCUGACGACUCCAGAAAAUUUAGAAGAAAUUGUGACAAAUGAAAUUUCAAAGAAUAAACAUAAUUUAAGUGAUGAAAUAAAUGAAUUGUCAAAAUUCUGAUAUUAUUAUUCAGUUAGAAUAUAUAAAUU